AGCAGCAGCAGCAGCAGCAGCAGCAGCAGCAGCAGCAGCAGCAGCAGCAGCAGCAGCAACACCACCACCACCACCACCACCAUCAUCACCAUCACCAUCACCAUGCAGCCGCCGCGCCUCCUCCUGCUGCUUCUGCUGCUGCUGCAGCAACAGCAACAGAAGCAACAGCAACAGCAGCAGCAGGAACAGCAGCAGCAGCAGCAGCAGCAGGAGGCCCUUAUACUGUAGGCGUGGUGGAUCGUAUAGAGACCUGGUGCACAGUGCUGUGGGAGACAGGCAAUGUGGAGACAGAUGUUCGAAGCUGUCUCUUAACACCUGUAGCUCUCGAUAGGACGCCCUUUGAGCCCAGCGACUGCACACUGUCUCCUCUGCUUCUUCCUCAUAUGGUUGUUCAAAGAAGAAAGCCCCAGCAGCAGCAGCAGCAGCAGCAGCAGCAGCAGCAGCAGCAGCAGCAGCAGCAGCAAAGGCUGCCUUCUUCUUCGGCAUUAAAAAUGCUGCCCUGGUGGAGUAGGGUACAUCAUGGGGGUUUGCAAAUAUCGGGGGGGGCCCCUGUAGAGCCGCUGCUGCAGCAGGUGCAGCAGCGUGCUGCUGCUGCUCAGCUGUAUAGGGAACUCGUUAUUGCUGUUGGGGCGAGCAGCAGCACUUCCAGCAGCAGCAGCAGGAGCAGCAGCAGAAGAAGAGGCAGCAGCAGCAACGACAAUAAUGCUGAGUUGCUGCAGGCUGCAGCAGAACGCCGGCGUGCGCUGCGGCUACAGUAUCAAGAGCUGCAGCUGCAGCAGCAGCAGCAGCAUAGCCCUGCCCUUAGCAGCAGAUUCAGCAGCAGCAGAUUCAGCAGCAGCAGGCAGCAGCAACAGCAGGGUGGGGGGCCCCCGAGCGACUCAGGCGGGUCUUCUCCAGAUACACCUGAAGCUAAUCCCUCUUUGAGGCUAGCAGCAUAUGAAGCAGCAAAAGACA